AUGUUUCUCAAGCUGCCCACUGCUGCUUCGCUCUGGGGACUUUCCAGAGAUCGCCAUGCAGAUGUCCGCGAGGAUGCUACCCAGCGUGAAAAACGUGGGUUCUUCAGGGCAAAUUUUAUCCAACAGGAAAACCCAGCGAUUCAGUCCAAGAAGGAUGGCGCGCACAGCCUGUCAUCGUCCAUAAAGAAAAAAAUUCUUUCGGGCUUUGGCAAAUUGAAGAGUCUGAAGGGCGCGUACAAGGACUCCAGCAAGCAAGGUUCUACGACAAAAGCCACCCAUGGCCUUUUAGGCCUGGACGAGGAUCAAGAGUUGCGCUGCGCGCCAUAUCCCUCGCUUCAGUCUUUGGUCACUUGCCCUGGUGCUGGCGCCAGCGUUGGCGCGCUCCUAAGACACUGCCAGCUGCGAUCCAAUUCCCCGAAGAACUAUAUCGGUGCUGUUCCCAUCGUCUCCUUGGAGGAUGUCCACCUUGCGCUGUACGGCACAGAGCACGGCGUCCUUGUACUGCAAGUGGGAGAAGAAUCUCCAGAGGAGGGCGGCGAUGCGGCUCUAAACAACAACAGCAUCAAGCACUGCAGCAGCGAACUGCCCAAGGCGGUACGGCAGCGCAUUACCUCACAGAGCGCCAUCACUCUGCUACGCGCUACCAGCAGCGGCAGCGGCGGCGCACGUCAGCCCAGCUUUACCAGGGCCCUAUGUAAAGCCCGGCGGCAGUCCACGGAAGGCCUUUCGGCUCGCAACGGCGGCGCUGGCGGUGGCGGCGCCGCCGCCGCCAACGGCUACAUUGCCUCGUCACUCCGCGGCGCCGAUGCAGCAUGGACGUGGACGGGGCUCGCGGCUCCCGAGGCAGUGGUCAACGGUGGCGACGACCCGGAGCCGCCGCAGUCUGCUGCGGUGGCGGCGCCGCAGCUCCCAGCGAUGUGGUACACAGCCGAGGUGACGUCAGCGACGUUGAGUCCUCCACAGCUUGCUUCCGUACGAUGUGGUACGAAACUGAAAUCGGUAUCGGCGGCAGCGGCGACGUCUGCUUGCGGAGGCGCGGCGACGUCCCCGGCUGCCGCCACCGGCGCUGCCGCCGCCGUAGCGCACAACCCAGCCCGUUGGAGCGUUAGCGCAUUGCCAGCAGUCCUACUACCGACCCAUGGGUCCUCCGCGCCAGCGUCAGCGUUGGCGGCCGCAAAUGCAUUUGCAGACAGAGAAGACGACGGUGUCGUAGUCGGUGGCGACGCCGAUGACGCCAUCGUCGGGGAACUGGACGAGGUGGACGUCAGUACGGAGCCAGCUGCCGCCGCCGCCGCCGCAGCUGCGGCGGUGACGGGGUCGCGGAGUACGUUGUUGCUUCCGUUUCAAUCAAGGCCACAACCCCAUCCCCACCCUUCGCAUCAUGCACACCUGCACCGUCACUACUUGUCUUCAAGCCACAGACCUCCCGCCGCUGGCGGUGUUAUAAGGAACCUAACGACUCUGUACGACGGCGGCGGCGGCAGCGCUUUGUCCAUUGACGGCACUGCCGCUUCCUGGCCGUACGACACAAGAGCACAAGGGCACCCGAUGAUGGAUGGGGUGCAGGUUUCGGAGGCUGCGGCCGCGGGCUGCGAUGGAGCCUGCGGCGGCUUGCCGCCGUCACGGCUUGGUUCCAACGGCCGGCAGCUGUCGGACCGGUCCGCUGUUGCCGCUGCUAUUAAUCCCCAGGCGGCUUGUGGCGGCGGCGGCAGCAGCCACAGCGGCAGCGUUACCGGCUACCAGGCAAUGGAUCCGUGUGUUUUGCCGAUAUCCCAGUUCAGUUCAGGGCUCCAAAUCGGUUCGAUUGCGGAGGCCGCUCGCGGCGGCGGUGGUGCCGCCGCCGGUGUCUGUACACCCGUACGCGGUGCAUCAGCAGCGGCAAGCUUUGCCGGGCCCUGGUACGGCUCUGCCGUACAGCCGCCAGGUCCGCGGACGGAUCUCGCCGCUGGCGGUGGUGUGAAUCCCGAUGCCGGCGGCAGCGGCCGAGUCGUGCUAGGGUUGGCGGUUAGUCCACAGGCGACGGCGGGAGCGGCAGAUGCUAGGGGUGGCUCGGAUUCCGUACCUUGCGUGCCGUAUGGCAUGACGUUGACUGCGCCGUCAGCGUCAUCGGCGUCGACUAGCCCGAAGGCCGCCGCUGCCGAGACAGCUGCGGCCGCUGCCGCCAUCGACGCCUCGGCUGGCAACAGCGGCGGCGCCAGUGGCGGCGAGACGGGCCUGGAGCCCAUGUACGGAAGCAGUUGCGGCGGCGGCGGCGGCGGCGGCGACGACACCGACCGCCAGUUCCACGGCACCCGCCGCCGCGGCGCGCAUCAUCGAGGAUCGCCAUUCAGUUGUUAUAGCAGUAUGUCUGUUCUUCGUACAACGCCAAUGCACUCCGCCGGCGGCGGCGGCAGCGGCGGCGGCGGCGGCGGUGGCAGUAGCCAAAAGAUGCCCAAGUCGUCCAGUCUGGGCUCGCGCCUCGGAUCCCUGGGAAAACCCAGCUGGAUGCGCGAUGGCCUGACGACCUCACAGCUGCAGACGUCUGCCGUACCACCCCGGGCGCCAGCACAGCCGUCGCCGUCAGCGGCGGCGCUGGACGGGCUGUUUGUUCACAUUCGGCGGGAGCAGAUGCUCCUUGCCCAUGCGCCGUUAGCUCUGACGGUUCUGUCGUUGGAUGGGCGGGUUCUCUACCAGAACGGGAGGUCUGUUGCCUAUUUGGGCAAUGCCGUCGGGCUGCCAGCGGCGCCUGGUUUGGGUCUGAUGGAUCCAGAUCACGUGCUACAUCGGAUCUUUGCGUACGACCCGCCAGCGCUGGACAGUUUGUGGGAUGCCGUACGAGCCGGCAAGACGUGGAGCGGUCUCGUCUGCAUGCCGUCACACCUAGAUCUCCGGGGCCUGCGGGACGCCGCCAGCGCCGCCGCCAAGUCCACGUCACCAUGCGCCGGCCAACGCGCCCUCAGUGCGGCCGCCGACGCCACAGCUGCCGUCGUCCCCGAAAGCAUGCCAUGGAGCCAGGGGCUGUUGUACGGCGGCGGUGGCAGCGGUGGAGUCGGUGGCGGCGGCGCUGCCGAUACGGACGUCGUGGGCUUGCUGCUACAGCAGCUGCAGCGGCACGGGAGCGGAACGGGCUUGCGGGUCGGUGGCGGCGCGACGGCGGCUACAGCUACGUGCGCCUCGGCGGCGGCGGUUGCUGUACCUGUCGGCUCUGGACGAGGGGUGGGGGAGAGGAGCACAGCUGUCGUUACCGCGGCCGCCGCUGGCUGUGGCAGCGGCGACAGCGGUGGCGGCGGCGGCGGGGGCUCCUGGGGAGUCGGCUGGGUAUCGCAUCUGCCGUCCGCCAGCUUGCCAUCGCCACAGGCGCCGCCGGCCGAAUGCAACGCCAGCGCCGCCGGUUCACUCUCUCCUGACGUGGUGGCCACUAUUACAGGGCCGCCGCCGCCGCGAGCUACUGCAGCCACAGCCGGCGGCAGUAGCGGUGGCGGCUGCAACAACAGCGGCAGCCGCGGCAAACCCGUUAUGAAGCUGCCGCGCAACGUCUCGGCACCCACCUUUCGCAGCGUUGCGAGCUCAAGUCGUCCUCUGCCGUCGGUACUGGAGGCGGAGGCAAGCUGCGGUGGCAGCGUUUGCGGCAGCGGAAGUGCCGCCGCCGUCAGCGUGGCGACCCUUCUGGCGCACCGUGCCAGCUGGAACGCCGACCAGACAUUCCCAGCCCAAGCUGGAACGUCGCUGUACGGCAGCUCUCCGUUGACGAUGCCGUCAAGGCAGCUAUCCACUUCGGCGUCCGUCGGUAGCGGCGCAGCUGGCGGCGGCGGCGGCGGCAGUGCAGGACUGUUUGGUCCUUUGGGCCUGAUCCACAGCCCUUCUUCAGCUCAGCUGUCGUACUGGGCCAACUCCCGCCGUACACUCAUUCACAGGUCAAACAGCCUGGCGCAGACGGAGUACGCCCUGGACGGUAGCUACCGCGCCAUGCGGAUUGCGGCGUCGGCGGCGUCUCAGGGCCUUCUAGGCCAGGGGCCUACUACUGCUUUCGCUGGCGGCGGCGGCGGGUGGUCGUACGGCAGCGCUGACGGCCUUCAGUGCUGCAGCCCCCGCGGCUUGGAUGCGUCCCUCGCGGAUCAGUUGUCGGGUCCCAAGUUUGUGCCGCCCCUGGUAGCUAGUACGGCAGCGGCAGCGGCGCCAGCAGCGACGGCCGCGCGGAGAGUCCUAAGCGCCAGCGUGACGAGCGUGCGAGCUUCAUGCGGCGGCGGCGGCGGCGGCGGUGGCGGCGGCCUCCGAGGAUUCUCUGUGUCGAGCGGUGCUACGACCAGUUUAGCGACGGCGGGAGAGGAGCUCGCGCAUACCGAGGCGGCGGCGGCGGCGCCGUCACCGCUUCUGCCCAGUGCAUCGCCGCCGUACGUUAGCAACUGCUGCUGGCAUGAGGUUCAAGCAAACCUGGUUCUGGAUCCGGUUUCAACGGAAUGGAAUCUGGUGCUCGCAUUCCAUGACGUCACGUCGUACGUGCAGGCUGAGCUGGAGGUUAGACAGGUCUUAGAUGCUGAGCACCGCAUCCUUGAAGAAGUCUUUCCGAGACACGUGCUGGAGGUGAUGACGUCAGACAAGCGCCGUACAUCGGCUUUUGGCGGCGGCGGCGGCGGAUGUCCCUCCCUGCUCCCCAACGCGCAAUCAGCAUUGGGCUCCAGCUACAGCCACAGUCACAGCGUCACCUCACCCUCCACGCCUUCGUGUGGUGGUUUCGGAGCCUUGAGCGGUGCACAGCAGUACAUGGCGAGAUCGCAUGAGGAGGUGACGGUGCUGUUCGCAGACAUCGCCUCCUUCACCAGCAUGUGUGGUCAGGUUCCGCCCCACCGAGUCAUGGCGUUCCUCAACGACCUCUUCACCACUUUUGACCAGCUGGUGGAGAAGCAUCAAGUUUACAAGGUCGAGACCAUCGGAGAUUGCUACAUGGUGUGCGGCGGACUUGUAGAAGAGGACGCCGAGGGAUUCAGGUCCGUUACAGAGGCCGUGGAUCCCCUGCACGCGCACAAGGUCUUUGCAUUCGCCGCCGACAUGUUGGAAGCGGCUCGCUGCGUGAUGAUGCCCGGUACCGGCCAGCCUGUACGACUGCGAGUAGGCAUCCACAGCGGCCCCGUCAUGAGCGGCAUCGUGGGGCGGAAGAUGCCCCGUUUUUGUCUGUUUGGCGACACAGUCAACGUUGCCAGUCGAAUGGAGUCCACGGGUGUACCUGGUGCCGUACACAUUUCUGCGGCCACGCGGGCCUUAUUAGGCGCCGCGGCCGACGGGUUUCUUUCCACGGGGGGAAUUCCCGUCAAGGGCAAGUUCUUUGUCGGAGAAGGGUUCAUGCUCACGUACGUGUACGACCCGUGCGGCGUCGCUCCGCAGCGCUCUCAAACCGUCUCCCGAACUGGAUCAGCCGUGCCGGGUAUUGGUAGGGAAGGUCCCCAGGUCCCGGGGGGAGAAGCAUCUAGCGGUACACCGACAGAGGCGCCGCCUCCGUUGCCGCAAUAG